UGCGCGCUAUCCGUUCUAUCUUCCCUUGUAGACCUAAACCAGCAGCUUACGCACGGGCACAGAUCUUUCUCCAUGGCCACAAAGCUCCGAUGGUGGCCACGGUUCCUGCUGAUCCUUUCCUUAUUCUUCCGAGUACGCCAGACCGCCGCCUUGCAAUACACUGAGUCACACCAACCAUACGCCGUCGACCACGCCUUGGGCGUCCACCCUGUCGUGCUGCUGCCGGGUAACACCUGCAGCCAGAUCGAGGCCCGCCUCACCGACGCCUACGAGCCGCCGUCGGCGUUCUGCGCGGCGCGGAAGGGCGACGGCCGGUGGUCACUGCUAUGGAAGAACAUCACCGCUCCUGAUGCUGAAGUCCCCUGCUUCGCAGACCAGCUCCGCCUGGUCUAUGACCAAGCCGCCGGCGACUACGGCAACGCGCCGGGCGUCGAGACCCGCGCCGUCUCCUUCGGCUCCACCCGCGGCUUCCUCGCCGACGACCCAGAACCUCUCAUGUCGGAGCUCUGCAUGGGGAAACUGGUGGAGGCGUUGGAGCGAGAGGGAUACCGCGACGGCGAGACCCUCUUCGGCGCUUCGUACGACUUCCGGCACGCUCCCGCCCCGGCGGGGCAGGCGAACAGGGAGCUGUCUCUAUUCCGGCGGCGGCUCAGAGCGCUCGUGGAGCGCGCGAGCAGGGCGAACGGGGGCAAGCCUGUCAUCCUCGUCUCGCACAGCCAGGGCGGCUACUUCGCCCUGGACUUCCUCAGAUGGAGCCCGCUGCCCUGGAGCAGGAGGUUCGUCAAGCACUUCGUCAUGGCCUCCACGGGCGCCGGCGGGUUCGUCUUGUCAAUGCAGGGUCUCGCCGCCAGCAUUAUCUCCUCCAGCUCAUCCGUCUCCUCGCCGGCGCCGGCCGACGUCCUGUCGCUGCCAAGCGUGGGCAGGACCUUCGCCAGCACGUUCACGGCGCUGCCGUCUCCCAUAGCAUUCCGCGACGACACGCCGCUGGUAGUCACGCGGAACAGGAGCUACGCCGCGCGCGACAUGCCGGCGUUUUUGGCGGCGGCCGGGCAGCCGCCGUACUCGGUGCAGCUCUACGAGACGCGGGCGCUUCCCGUGGCAGUGAACCUCGGAGCGCCGGUGGUGCCCGUCACGUGCGUCAAUGGCGGCGGCGUGCCGACGCCAGAGAGGCUGUUGUUCCGGGACGGCCGCCGGAACGCCCCCGAGGUGGUGUACGGAGACGGCGACGGGGUGGUGAACUUGGCGAGCAUACUGGCGCUUGACGAGGUGAUCGGUGGAGAUCCGAUGCAGGAGUACUACAAGUCCGUCAGGAUCGCUAAUAUGUCUCACCUCGGUGUUGUCUCGGAUAGUACUGCGUUGCAGCGUUUGAUCGGUGAGAUUCUUGUUGCCACUCGAGCCGUGGAUUCACGGGUGAUGUAGCAUAACAUUGCCUGCACGAGCAAGCACCAUGAGUUUCUGAUC